CGGUGAAACGGGAGCAAUAUUUCUACCGCAAUUCACCACCAGAUUUCGAAUUGCCGCCUCGGAAAUACCCUUUUCUCUCCUUUGACGAAAUCCCUCGGCUCCCUCGGCUCGGCCUGCAAUUUACCUUUUCCCACAUUUGUCUAGAUUGUCACCAAGAUUGCUAAUGGGUUUGAGUAAGGCCUUCGAGAAUGCCUCGACCAAUGUCGCCGCUGCGCAGAUGCGCAACGCUCUGACCGAGCUUGCUGAGACCGUCAAUGACCCAGAACAGAAGAAGCUAUUUGAGACCGAAAUGGACAACUUUUUCUCCCUUUUCCGACGAUAUCUCAACGACAAGGCCAAGGGGAAUGUUGUUGAUUGGGAUCGCAUUGCCCCUCCAGCCCAGGGUCAGGUCGUUGAUUAUGAAGACCUCGCUAACUCCGAGUCCGUGGGCUUCCUCAAUAAGUUGGCCGUUCUGAAAUUGAAUGGUGGUUUGGGUACUUCGAUGGGUUGCGUCGGCCCCAAGUCUGUUAUCGAGGUUCGUGAUGGCAUGUCUUUCUUGGAUAUGUCUGUUCGCCAGGUCGAAUACUUGAACCGAACCUACAACACGAAUGUCCCCUUCAUCCUGAUGAACUCGUUCAACACAAACGAUGACACUGCUGCUAUUAUCAAGAAAUACGAGGGCCACAAUGUGGAUAUCCUGACAUUCAACCAAUCUCGAUACCCUAGAAUCUUGAAGGACUCGCUACUUCCCGUCCCUAAGAGCUUUGACUCUGCAAUCUCUGAGUGGUACCCUCCGGGACACGGUGAUGUGUUCGAGUCACUUUACAACUCUGGCGUUCUCGAGCAGCUCAUCGAGCGUGGCAUCGAGAUUAUUUUCUUGUCAAACGUUGACAACUUGGGCGCCGUGGUGGAUCUGCGCGUCCUCCAACACAUGGUUGAGACAGAGGCCGAGUACAUCAUGGAGCUGACCAACAAGACAAAGGCUGAUGUUAAGGGUGGUACUAUUAUCGACUAUGAGGGUUCCGUCCGGCUGCUUGAAAUUGCCCAAGUCCCUAAGGAACACACCAACGAGUUUAAGUCAAUCAAGAAGUUUAAGUACUUCAACACCAACAACAUUUGGAUGAACGUCAAAGCCAUCAAGCGUGUCGUUGAAAACAACGAGUUAGAGAUGGAAAUCAUCCCGAAUGGCAAGACCAUUCCAGGAGACAAGAAGGGCGAGUCAGAUAUCUCUAUUCUUCAAUUAGAGACUGCUGUUGGUGCGGCCAUUCGCCACUUCAAGAACGCCCACGGUGUCAACGUACCCCGACGACGGUUCUUGCCCGUCAAGACCUGCUCAGAUCUCAUGCUUGUCAAGUCUGACCUGUACGCCGUCAAGCACGGUCAGCUUCAGAUGAACCCCAGCCGCUUUGGCGGCGCCCCGCUUAUUAAGCUGGGCAGCGACUUCAAGAAAGUUUCGGACUUCCAGAAGCGAAUCCCUUCGAUCCCCAAGAUUAUUGAGCUCGACCAUUUGACCAUUACCGGCAAUGUGAAUCUUCACCGCGGUGUCACCUUGAAAGGAACAGUUAUCAUCGUCGCCACGGAAGGUUCUACAAUUGAUAUCCCCCCGGGAUCUAUCCUGGAGAAUGUGGUUGUCCAAGGUAGCUUGCGUCUGUUGGAGCACUAGAGUCCUUUGUUUCUACGUGGCUUUCGAGAAAACAUAGCAUCUGUCGAGAGCAAUGUACCAUUCGAAUCUUAACCCUCUCGUGUGCUCGUUAAUGGUAUAAUCCCCUAAUAGAGAUGGUCAUGUGUAAUGAGAAUAAAUAUAGGCGAAUACGGUUGUUUGGA